AAAAUUAUAAUUCGUACAAUGACUUCAACAAACAAAGUGAUUGUUGUGUUCUUUGAAACUUAUAAUCGUAGGUCCAUUUAUAUUUGGAUUCUCAUGCGAACGGGCCAAAUAAUCUCUGAGAACGACUCUGCAUAAGGUUGAAGGUAGACCGGUGGAAACAUCGAUAAUUCGUUGUAGUUGAAUACAAACUAUCGGAUUGUUCGACUGAAAUGAUUUCGAAAUUGGUUUUAUCUGCAAGUGUACUUUGUUUGAUUGCUAGCCUAUGGAAGUACCUGGAAUACAAUUAUUAUGACAAUGCAUUUCUCACGCAAAAUAUUAGUGAAAUUAUACGAAGCUGGCCUAACUACACCGCUGAAGAGCAUUACUUGAUCACCGAAGAUGGCUACGAAAUUUUGGUGGAGAGAGCCUUUCUGAAUAUCAGCAAACCAACACCUAUCAUUAUUGUUCACGGCAUGGCUAUGAAUGCCAUUGGAUGGGUGAACAAGGAAAAUAUUUCAUUGGCUCGUUUACUAGGAGAUCUUGGUUACGACAUUUGGAUGCUCAAUUUUAGAGGUACUUGGUACAGUAAAGGACACAUCAACCUGAAAUCUACGGAUAAAGAUUAUUGGCAAUUCAAGAAAUAGUGAGUUUCCUAUGGAAUGGAGAAAUGUGUCCUGGUUUUUCGUUCUUUCUAAAACCACUAAUGGCUACUUCUCCAGGAAUGUUCAGUUUACUUUUUGGUUUGAAAAUGAUAGGUGGGGAUGACUACGAACAGAUAGAUCCUACAACUUUCCCACUAGAAAUGAAUCGGAUGGUGGAUACUAUAGGUUCAGAAGUUUAUACACAUUUAGUUCAAAUACACAUCUCAGGAGUUUUCCAACAUUACGAUCAUGGCAAAGAAAGAAAUUUAGAAACUUACGGAACUCCAACUCCACCACCCUAUGAUCUAUCAAAAAUUCCGGUGCCGGUCGCCAUGUUCUUUGGUGCUAACGAUUGGCUUGCUACACCGAGGAACGCAAAACAAGCCUACUCUGAACUACAACCUUCUCUGCGAUGUGGUUAUCACGCUGUUCCAUUCGAGAAAUGGAAUCACUUAGAUUUCAUCAUUGCCAAAGACCUUCCAAAAUACCUUUAUGAAGAUAUGUUCCACAAAAUUAAUGAUAUAGAUUCAGGAAAAUGUGUUCCAUGAAGAUUGAAAAAACUAGAAACAAAAUAUGUAGUGAAAGUAUUCAUUAAAUUAUGAGAAAACAA